AAACUCAAAAAAUGUAAGUACCAGUUUUUAAAAAUAAUUUUUUUAGUAAUUUUGACAGGUAUACUGAAGCCUUUCUAGAUGUAAGUUGGCAAAGUUCCAAAUACAAUGUAUACAAGAUGGAGUAAACUAUACUGUAAGACUUGAAGGCACAAAAGAGGAACAAAUAACAAAUGUUAAGCGAGAGUGUCAUAGGAUACACACAUUCAAAUACUAUGUAAAUGUAGUGUGGCAUCUUUAUAAACAAACCAACAAUGAUUACGGAAAUACUAAUGUUUACAUUACAGUUCAUAGAUUAAGAAAAAUAAACAAGAACAAAGACUUCUUCUUUACCUAAUUUGACAGUUGUUUAAUCUUAACUAAAUUGAUAGCAGCCACAUCUUGGCAAAGUUGAUUAAAAAUGAAUCAAAUCCAGCUGUGAACUAUUCAUGUUAUCGACAACUACUUUAAAAUACUUUGUUAUCAAAAUACAAACUGAGCUUUCAAACAAGACCUUAGUAAAGGUAAUGACAGUUUCACAUUUCGCAGUGUUUGUGUAUUCAAAGAAAAAACCAUCAUGGUGCACAUAACGGUCAUAAUCAUACUGCUAUGCUUAUUAGCAGUGGCCGCCACUUUUGUAAAUGGAGCGUGCAUUAUAAUAAUAUAUAAAUCACGAACGUUAAUGAAAAGACCUUCAACAUUUUUCAUUCUAAAUUUAUUAAUAGCCCAGUUGUUUCAAGGUCUGGUUGUCUUUCCCUUUUAUGCUGGUAAGAAAGGCGACAUCUCUGAUAAAAUGUGGAGUCGACUGUUCUGUGAUGGAUUUCGAUUUAUGUAUAUGCUGACGUUUUAUUUGUCAACAUUGGGGGUCUUGAUAAUUGGUGUGGAUCGCUUUAUCGCAACAUUUUAUGCAUUGAGAUACAAAAGUAUUGUCACAAGAAAAAGAGCAUUAGUGACCAUCUUAUCUGUGUGGUUAUAUACAUUAUCUCUUUGUUUAUUGCCAUUUCAGAAACAAAAUACCACCAAGCAAUAUCAAAUAAUUAAUACAAGCAAGCUAGGUGAAAAUUUCACAACAGUCACAAUAUUAAAACAUGAAAGUAACUGUACAUACAUCCAGUCAAAAGUUUGGACUUUGUCGAUGUUGGUUAUAAACUGCUUGAUACCAUAUAUAAUAAUAGUCUUAUUAUAUCGAGUUAUAAUACGAAAAAUUCGCCAGCUAGAUCAUCGAAUUCGAACAAGGGCACAAUCAUUAUGUAACAUACAUGCAGUGGAUUGUGAAGCUAUUCUAACGAAAGGAGCAGAACAAAACAAGACAUUGACCAAUGUGUCCAUUUUUUUAUCUGUUGCUUACUUAUUUUUCUGGUCACCUUCAGUGAUUUAUUAUACUUUGUUUUAUAUUUGUCCUAAAGCAUGCUUCAUAGAUGGAUAUACACAGUCGAAAGCUGAAUUUUACGUUGGCUUUGUGACAAAAUAUCUAGCGUUUCUUGACUCUUUAGCUGCUCCGUUGAUAUAUUGUUUCUCUUAUGAACAUUUUCGAAAAUAUUUGACAUUUAAUUGUAAUUUAUUGGAAAAAUCAUCAUAUUCGCCUGCUGAAGCAAACACAGAAACCAUUGUUGAAAAAUACCAACUACAAGGGACACAUUUUGUUAUACUUAACCGUAGUAAUGUUUAUAGAAAAAAAUAUAGCGUAUAAAUAAUUUGUUAGUAAUAUAAGAUUUAUAAGUUUA